GGCGGGGGGCGCGGACCGACCUCCCGCGGGGGGCGUGGCGGGGGCGGGAGCGCCGCGGCGGGGCGCGCCGCCCGGCGGGUGUGCCCGGCUCAGGGUGCCGGCAAUGCCUGGCUCCCGGGCGGCGCGGGCGGCGGCGGCGCCUCGGCGGCGGCGUCUCCCGGGCUGAGCGGCGGCUCUGGGCCCGCCCGCGCCCUCCCCGCCGCGCUCGCCCGCCUCCGCGCGGGGUCCCGGCCCCCCCCCCCCCGUACCCCCCUGGCCCGCCCGGCCGGGGAUGAGGCGGUGUGGCGGCGGCACAAAGGCUCCGCCGGGGCUGCCCGUUCCCUAGCGCGGCCCAGCGCCCCCGGGCCGGCCCCGCUGUCGCCGCCGGCCCCCGCUCGCCGCCUCCCUUCUUCCCUCCCUCCUGCCUCGGCCCCCGCUGUCCCUCGCUGGGGCCGGGCCGGUGGCUGCCGACCCCCACCCUCCCCGGCCGCCCGUAGCCCCCCGGGAGGAUGUCGGAGAAUCACGAGAUGGACAAGAUGAUCAAGACCACAGACUUUCCAAUUCCCAGUCGGCUUUUCUGUUCCACAUAUUCAGCUGGAAUGAAGCGAGUCGUCUCUGUGCCAUCUCUGAAGUGGCGUGAGGCAGCAGAAACUGUUCAGUCAAGACUGGGCUUGUAUGUGGAGACAGGAUCUCUUUUUAGACCAACCUGUGCAGUUUGAAAGGGUUGGGAAACCUCCAUUUUAGAGGAGUACAACAUUAACUGGACUCAGAAGCUGGGAGCUGGGAUCAGUGGUCCUGUUAGAGUCUGCAUGAAAAAGUCCUCUCAAGAACGCUUUGCACUGAAAAUUCUUCUUGAUCGUCCAAAAGCUAGAAAUGAGGUACGUCUGCACAUGAUGUGUGCAACACAUCCAAAUAUUGUUCAAAUUAUUGAAGUUUAUGCUAACAGUGUGCAGUUCCCACAUGAAUCCAGCCCAAGGGCUCGGCUCCUAAUUGUAAUGGAGAUGAUGGAAGGGGGAGAGCUAUUUCACAGAAUCAGCCAGCACCGGCACUUUACUGAGAAGCAAGCAAGCCAAGUAACAAAGCAGAUAGCUUUGGCUUUGCAGCAUUGCCACUCACUAAACAUUGCACAUAGAGACCUCAAGCCUGAGAACCUCCUCUUCAAGGAUAACUCUCUGGAUGCACCUGUUAAAUUGUGUGACUUUGGAUUUGCCAAAGUAGACCAAGGUGACUUGAUGACACCACAGUUCACUCCGUAUUACGUAGCACCUCAGGUAUUGGAGGCACAAAGACGGCAUCAGAAAGAAAAAUCUGGUAUUAUCCCCACCUCUCCAACACCUUACACUUAUAACAAGAGCUGUGACUUGUGGUCCCUGGGUGUCAUUAUUUACGUGAUGCUGUGUGGAUACCCUCCGUUUUACUCCAAACACCACAGUCGGACAAUUCCAAAGGACAUGCGGAAAAAGAUCAUGACAGGAAGUUUUGAAUUUCCAGAGGAAGAGUGGAGCCAGAUCUCAGAAAUGGCGAAAGACAUUGUGCGAAAGCUGCUGAAGGUCAAACCUGAGGAACGGCUGACCAUUGAAGGUGUGCUGGACCAUCCCUGGCUCAACUCCACCGAGGCACUUGAUAACAUCCUACCCUCUGCCCAGCUGAUGAUGGACAAGGCAAUGGUUGCAGGCAUACAACAGGCUCAUGCAGAACAGCUUGCAAACAUGAGAAUCCAAGACCUCAAAGUCAGUCUCAAACCCCUGCACUCCGUCAACAACCCAAUCCUGCGCAAAAGGAAAUUACUGGGCACUAAGCCAAAGGAUGGUGUUUAUAUCCACGACCCUGAGAAUGGAAGCAAUGAUUCCAACGUGGCUCUGGAAAAGCUCAGAGAUGUGAUUGCUCAGUGCAUUCUACCACAGGCUGGUAAAGGAGAGAAUGAAGAUGAGAAGCUGAAUGAAGUGAUGCAGGAGGCAUGGAAGUAUAAUCGAGAGUGUAAGUUGCUGCGAGACACCCUUCAGAGCUUCAGCUGGAAUGGCAGAGGAUUCACAGAUAAAGUGGAUCGACUAAAACUGGCAGAAAUAGUAAAACAAGUUAUCGAAGAGCAGACAAACUCCCAUGACUCUCAAUAGCUGGAGCUUCUUAAUCUUAUUUUUUUUACCAUUUAAGAUUUAUUCUUUAACUGUAAAAAGUAUUUUUAUGUAAAUUAAUAAAUCAUAAUUAUUUCAUUAAAUUUCCAUACUGCUUGAAAAUGCUGUACAGUUGUAGAUACAAAAAAAUCAUUGGUACUGUAAUAUUUUUUUAAAACUCAGUUCCUUGAGGUAUAUAUGAUCACUUAUGUACUGUUAAUCAUGAGUCCCCCAGACGGGGCAAAUUAUAUUGUUAAAGACCAUUCUUUUUCUUAAUAA